AGGUAAGCCGACACCUUAAACGAUAUUUGCAGCGCGCAUUCUGCCCAUAGAUAUUAAAUACCUAGUAAAUGCGUAAAGGUUUCAUUAGAAUAGAAAAGUUUAUAUUGUCUCGAGCACUAUUAAGAAGGUUACAUUAGAAAAGUUAAUAUGGUGGUUAAGUUUUCUUAAGUUUUCUAAUGUUCCACGGAACUUUCUUAUUUUUUCUUUUGUAAGAACCUUUUCCUGGCCUGUUGUGUUUGUUAUACACAACAGAAAAAUGGUGAUGCCGUGACUAAGGGAAAUUUAUAUAAAUAGAUAUUGGCCUCUAGGCUCUAAAUCAGAAAGAAUGGUCUACACUUGACAGAUGUAUUUAUUUGACAUUCUUGAAAUAGUAAACACAGUUUACUCUUUUAAUUAAAAUUAUUGUAUUUUAGAAAAAAACUUGUAAAUAUAAAAACCACAAAAAAAGAGAAAAUGAAGCCGAGCCGCGCACAAGGAGAGAUUAUACCUGCUGUAUCGUUUGAAAUAAGUAGACGAAGCUCCGGAGAUUUGACUCCACCACCAUCGACACCUGCAUGCCACGUGGCGUCGUUGUCUUCUCCACAAUGCGGCCGGCGAGCACAAGCUCUAGGGUUGAAGACCGGCGCUGACAAAUCCGGCACACAGAGUCCAGCCAGCCUCCCCGACUCUCCUCCUAAGCAUCGAACGAAAUCGACGGAAGGCAAAAAAUCUGCUAGUCUAACAAAUCAUUCAAGAAAUUCUUCGGCGCAUUCAUUAAUGACUGAUUUCGACAAUUCAGUGUCUGUUACUGCCCCGGAAAAAGGUGUCACUAUAUCAAGAUAUCUUGCAGGAGGACAGAAGAACCUUCCACGAAGUAUUAAGAUCAAACAUUUGAAGCUCAUGGCGAAAAAACGGCAGGAGAUUUUACAAUUACAGAAAUUGGUGACUUACCAACAAAACUCUUAUAUAAAGCUUUAUGCUCAAAUAAAAGACUUAGAGGCAAGGUCCGGCAUCGACUCUGGCGACUGUCUCGGCAAAAUGCGCAUUUUGACAAUGAACGGAUGGCCGCCUCACGACCUGUUGAUGUUGGUGCAGGAUCCGCUUAGUCAUAAAAAAGCAGCCAGCGGAGUGCUAGGUCCGGCAGCAGUCGAAGGUUUAAGGUUCGAAUUGUUUUCAAUCCCAAAAGAGGUUUCCGAUUUGGGUAACGACAUCUUGACGCGACGCUUAAAAGUUUUGGAAUAUUUUCGUAAGCGCACAUCAGACGUGAAAGUUAGGAAUGAAUUUGACACCGAGACUGAAGUCAUUCACAAACUGAUAAACGAGACUUCAAAGCGUUUGGAGGAUAAAGUCAAACGCAUCAUGAACAUCACCAAAGCAUCUUGGAAAGAUCGUGAUAAUUUGAUAAAAAAAGUAAACCAAUUAAACAAAGAGUUGUCAAGUUUACAAAACAAUGGAACCGAAACUAUGGAGAAAAAUGACAUAGGAGAUAAAGUCUCCAGUGUAAAAUUCGACACGAGUAGCACGGAUCUAAAAGAGAAGCUGAACAAGGAGCGCGCCGCCCGCGAGUCGCUGAAGCACAUGGUGGCGACGGCAGAGGGCUUGCUGCGCUCGGCGCGCGCGCGCAUCACAGUGCUGGAGCGCGAGCUCAAGUCCACGCAGAAGCAGAUGCAGGCCACCGCACUCAAGCACAAGGAAUUCGAGUUACUCCAUCGUUGUCGUCAGACAAGCUACGGCGUGCGUUCCAAGAAAUUAUUAGAAGACUCUAAAACUGGAGAAGUAACUAUCGAGAUGCUGACCCUUCAGCGGAAUGCACUAGAAUUAAGAGUCACAGAGCUACAAGACCAAAUCAAGUCGAUAACCGAGGAUUACGUGGCUCGCGAGUCGAAGCUCCAAGAGAACUUGGACCAGCUACAGGAGAAGUUGGUUGAGCAGGAAAAACAUAGGAUAAGAUCAGAGACUCGUGUGAUGGACCUAGAAAAACGAAUAAAAGAUAUACACGAGCAAUACAGACAACUCUUGGAACAAUCGGAUAAACUUAUGAAAAUGAGUAGUGAGAAAUGCCUUGAUUACCUGCCGCGCAAAGAAAAUGAACCUUCACUAACCGAAGCGGAGUUAUGGAAGGAUCUAGAAGCUACCAAAAAGAGAUUAGAACAAGUCACAACUGAGUUAAGACAGAGCCGUGAAGACAAAGAAAGCUUAUUAAACUCCUUGGCCAAAAUAGCGCAAGAAGGCUCCGAGAACAACAUGGCUAACGAACUGUUACUGAGGGAGCAAACAAAUUUCAGACUGCAAAAAGUUAUAGAAGAACUAAAGCAAAAUCUUAAAUCAAUGAACGAAAAAUUAGCACAAAAAGAUCGCCAGAUUAUUUCACUGAAUAUGGAAGCCUCGCGAACAGAUUACGAGUGUUGUAGUAAUACCCGCGAUAACCACGAACUUGCUUUUGAGGUUAUGGAGUUAUCCACGCAAGUGGCGAAGCUGACGCGCGAACGUGAGUCGCUGGUGACGGCGGCAAUGUCGCGCGCGCUGAUGCUGGAGCGGCACGAGCGCUGCGCCGACCUGUUCGCGCGCGUAACGCGCGCGCGUCGUGACAUGGCCGCGCAGCUCGAGGGCCAAGAACGGGAACGGCCACACAGUGAAACCGAUGCUAAACUGCCGAGUUCCAUGUCGCCGGUGUGUCUGAAGGCCGCAGAGACGUGGUCUGAGCUGCGAUCGGACCGCGAGCGCGUGCUGCAGCUGCAGGAGCUGGUGGCGUCGCAGAACCUGCAGCUGAAGCGCGAACGUCGCGUGCGCAACCACCUCGAGCAGCGCCGCGCCAUCCUCGAGCGGCUCUUCGUGAACCGCUCCACUUCCAAACAGUAUAUCGCGGCGGAGAACGUGGCUACGUAUCUCGGAACUUCUUCUUAUUUGGCAAAAGAUGCUUUUGUUGAUGAAUCUUAAUGUAACUCGCCUUCCCGUACAAUAUAAAUGUUUUAGAAAUAAAUGUACAUAUUUACAUGUCCGAGAGUUAAGAAAAUAUAUUAAAAGAUGAGCGUGUGGUAUUUUUUAUUCCACACUUUUAUGUAGCUUCA